AUGAGCGCGAUUUCCCUCCUAAACGCCAGCAACGCUUCCCGGGCGGGCUCCCUCGGGGACGGCGGCGGCCGGGCGGCCGCGACCCAGUUCACCCAGCCGGGCUGGCAGAUCGCGCUGUGGGCCCUCGCCUACGCCCUCGUCGUGGCCGCCUCCGUCGCCGGCAACGUCGCCGUCAUCUGGAUCGUCCUCGCGCACAGGAGGAUGAGGACCGCCACCAACUACUUCAUCGUGAACUUGGCCCUUUCGGAUCUGCUCAUGGCGGCCUUCAACACCAGCUUCAAUUUUAUCUACGCCAGCCACAACGUCUGGUAUUUCGGCGAGGAGUUCUGCAGGUUUCAGAACUGGUUCCCCAUUACCGCCGUGUUCGUGAGCAUUUACUCCAUGACCGCCAUCGCCGCAGAGAGGUACGUGGCUAUAAUUCACCCCUUCAAGCCCAGGCUCUCGGCGGGAAGCACCGGAGCCAUCGUAGGCGUCAUCUGGCUGGUGGCGUUCGGGCUCGCCUUCCCGCAGUGCUUCUACGCCGAGGUCACGACGGACAACGGGACGACCAAAUGCGUCGUCGUCUGGCCGGACGACGUCGGGCGGAAGCACCAGCUCACGUAUCACGUUGCGGUGAUCGUGCUGAUCUACUUGCUGCCCUUGGUGGUGAUGUUCGUCGCGUACAGCAUUAUCGGAGUCACCCUGUGGAGCAGCGCGGUUCCAGGCAGCCACGUUAAUCGAACCCGCUACGAGCAUCAAGUUAAUGCCAAAAAAAAGCUUGUGAAGACGAUGGUGGUAGUCGUGGUCGUUUUUGCCGUCUGCUGGCUGCCUUACCACGUGUACUUCAUCCUGGGGAACUUCAAGGAAGACAUCUACCAGCAGAAGUACAUCCAGCAGGUUUACCUGGCCAUCUUUCUGCUGGCCAUGAGUUCGACCAUGUACAACCCCAUCAUAUACUGCUGCCUCAACCAAAGGUUUCGUUCUGGCUUCAGGUUAGCCUUCCGGUGGUGUCCGUGCGUAAAAGCAACCGAGAAAGACAAGCUUAGACUUACGUCCCCAUCCCGUUACCAGACGACCUACAGAAAGUCAAAAACAUCAAGCUUCAACAUGGAAAUGCAAUUCAACGAGAAGACUUAAUUUCCCCUCGCUCAGCUAACACUGAUUUUCCCCUCAAGGUUUGGGCUCUAAGU